AUGGAGGGAGAGUAUCGGAAGUAUAACUCGAAUUCCGGCUUCGUUGAUGAACAGCUGCGAAAUACUCCUCAGGCAUUCAGCCAUUUCACUUUCGAGCGAUCUGGCCAUCGUCUUCUCGUCGUGGAUAUUCAAGGCGUGGGUGACCUGUAUACCGAUCCACAGAUUCACACAUCCGACGGCGUUGGCUACAGUGAUGGCAAUCUCGGCCCUCGUGGAAUGGCCCUCUUCUUUCACAGUCAUCGAUGUAACCCUUUGUGUGAAUAUUUGGGCUUAACCAAGUUCGAUUUAUCUCACACUGAAUUGACAACGCAGAUGCUGCAUUCACACAAGCAAGUCGAGGGGGAUGCACCUCAUUCCCCAAAGGAGGAAUCUUCCGAUGAGGUGAAGGAUAGUGAUCUCCCUUACGUUGAAGCGUCAGGGGUUAAACAACACCCUCAGUUGAAAUUAUCCCCGGAUGUGGUAAAGGCCAUCAAA